GCGAGAUCUCGGAGUUGCCGCUCACUAAUGGAUCAGAGAUGUUAACGGCGCCUUCUCCUCGACGAAUACUUACAUGAAUUUUACACACUAAUAUUGACUUUUCAAAGGAACUACAAUAUUCAUUUGUCCUGCGAAGCUGUAAGUUACAAAAAGCUCCUCUUCUGUGAAGCUUUUCUGCCAGGACCUUUGUCUCUCGGCCCAUCGCUAUUCAAACACCCGGCAUCUGCUUUACCGGCACAAAUACCUCCGUGGACCGGGGAGCUCUGGCUGCACAGUUUUUUGUUUUUUGUUUUAUCAUAAACCCUCGACGUCACUGGGUUUCUUUACGAUAAUUGAGCUCAUAAAUGUUGUAGGUUUGGACUUUUAAGCCGUGUCUAAUUCCCAGGGCAUGUGACGUGGUGGACUCAGGGCGGAUGACCUGACUUGGCGUUUGGUGACCAGGCGCUGGCGGCUAACUCCUAUGAUGCACCAGCAGGGGUCAUUGAUGCCCCCUAUACUUGGUGAUGUUUUCUGCCAGUGUCGACCCGGUGAUCCGGCCGACCCCCGAGCAGCAGCAGGAGGAGGAGGUGGGCACGACCCCGCAAACGUGCGGCCAUCUGCCCCUUUCACUGGACAACGCACCGGUGACUACAUGGAUCUAAGACAUGCAUCAAACUACUGCUGUGAUAUUUGUGGAGGACCUGAGCAAGAGCAUCGAUUCAAAGUGCUGUUUCAAGUUUUGGAUGUAAACGGAGAUGGGGGGAUUUGUAUAAAUGACUUGACCAUUGGGCUAAAAAAACUGGGUGUGCACCGCACCGAACAUGAACUGAUGAAAAUUGUAAAAGCUGGAGACAAAGAUCUGGAUGGGCAGUUGGACUUUUACGAGUUUGUGCAUUACCUCAAAGAUCAUGAAAAAAAACUCAGACUUGUCUUCAAAAGUUUGGACAAGAAAAAUGACGGACGGAUUGAUUCUCAGGAAAUUAUGCAGUCUCUGUGUGAUCUUGGUGUGCACAUCUCCGAGGAACAGGCUGAUCAGAUUCUCAAAAGCAUGGAUAAAAAUGGCACGAUGACAAUUGACUGGAACGAGUGGCGAGAUUACCACCUUUUGCAUCCAGCAGACAAUAUCCCUGAGAUCAUUCUGUACUGGAAACACUCUACAAUUUUUGAUGUUGGGGAGAGUUUGAUAGUUCCAGAUGAGUUCACAGUUGAGGAGAAGAAAACAGGCAUGCUGUGGCGCCUCCUUGUGGCAGGAGGAGGAGCUGGGGCAGUGUCUCGGACAUGUACUGCUCCUCUGGACAGGCUCAAAGUACUCAUGCAGGUUCAUGCCUCCAAGAGAAAUAGCAUGCACAUUGCCAGUGGUUUUUUACACAUGAUUCGAGAAGGAGGUGUAAGGUCGCUGUGGAGAGGCAAUGGCAUGAAUGUAAUAAAAAUUGCCCCUGAAUCGGCAAUCAAGUUUAUGGCCUAUGAGCAGAUUAAACGACUGAUUGGAAGUAAACAGGAGACUCUCGGUAUCCCAGAGAGGUUUGUGGCUGGCUCUUUAGCCGGGGCAAUCGCUCAAAGCAGCAUCUACCCCAUGGAGGUUUUGAAGACACGUUUAGCUCUUGGGAAAACAGGACAGUAUACAGGCAUCUUAGAUUGUGCGAAACGUAUCUUAAAAAAAGAAGGAGUAGCAGCUUUUUAUAAAGGUUAUGUCCCGAACAUGUUGGGCAUCAUCCCCUAUGCCGGAAUCGACUUGGCUGUGUAUGAGACCUUAAAGAAUUCUUGGCUGCAACGAUUUGCUACAGACAGUGCUGAUCCAGGCGUGUUUGUGCUUUUGGCGUGUGGCACUAUGUCUAGUACAUGUGGCCAGCUUGCAAGCUACCCUUUAGCUUUAGUACGAACACGAAUGCAAGGACAAGCUACUGAUGGAGGCCCACAAAUGACCAUGACAACCUUGUUUAAACAUAUCGUAAAGACAGAGGGUGCUCUGGGGCUCUACCGAGGCUUGGCCCCCAACUUUAUGAAGGUCAUUCCCUCGGUCAGCAUCAGCUACGUCGUCUACGAGUAUCUCAAGAAAACAUUAGGGGUCCAGUCUAAAUGAGAAAAAAAAAAAAAAAAAGGUUGGAAUAUGGAUUUUGUUUGCUAAUGCUUACAUUUGUUUAAAUCAUUAUGGUCUGUUAUGUCUGGAAUCCUGAUUCUUAAAAUGAUAAAAACAGAGAAGAAAAUAAGUUCUACCCUUGGAAAGUUGGAAAGAAAAGAAGAUUCAUGCAACACUUGGCAGCUCAUAGUUGUGAAAAGUCAAUGUUUACAUUUAAACAAAAUAGAAGCUUUCUGUUUAAACAGUAAUAUGCACUUGCUGGGUUUUGACACUGAUAAUGCUGAUGUGUACUAGGAAGAGUUGUCAAGGGCUGCAGACAGUUGCCAGCAAUCACACAUGGUGGUCUGUACAUUACUUUUGAAAGUUAUAAGACACGCUUAUUCAUACCUUCCAUCUCUCCUUAAGAGGCAUCCAAAAUAUUUCAAGUAC